GGACGUUUAGUCCACAAUCGAGCCCAGAGCUGACUGUCGCUUUUACUUACAAAUCACGCUAAACGGAGUGUAGUUUAUAAAACAAAAAACAUUAUUGAAACCGUUCUUUAUAAUGCACCGUACAAAUAGAAGCUUUAGUGCUUUGCCCCUUGUUUGUUGCGCGUUGUUAGUUAUCGGUAAAGUGGACGCUUUUCCAGACGGUGCACCGGCGGAUACGUGUGUAAAAAGUCGCACCAACGAGCCGAAUCAUGGCGCGGCACGCAGUCAAAGUCUGGCAAACCCACCUUACCAAGUGACGGCGAGCAGCAACGUGUACGGUCCCGGUACACAGAUUCAGGUCUCCAUACACGGGCAGCAGGAUGUAUUUCGAGGAUUCUUCCUGCAGGCGCGUGAUGCACAAACAAACGAAUGGAUCGGCUCGUGGUACGAAACACCCAACACGAAAACCAUCCCAGAGUGCUCGUCGGUGACACACGCCGAUAACAGGGAUAAGGAGCAGGCUACCUUCGUCUGGCAGGCACCGAAAGACCGCCAAGGGCAGGUUUAUUUCACCGGUACUAUUGUAAAAAAUUACGGUACUUAUUGGUCGAGCAUAAUUGCCGCUGUACCUGCACCAUUUGGGCGCCAUCAAUAAGACGAGUUUGGAGCACUGCACAAUCAUGUUGCCAGAGCACGCUGGUUUUGUAAAUAUAGUACAUCGUUCAGUA